AUGGAGCAAACUUAGUAUAAGUAGACAUGCAUACAUCUAAAAGUUAUUCGACAAAGAAUUUGGACUAAAUUUAAAGGAGGAGCGUUGAGAAGCUUGCUGAGUUUUUCAUGGGUAAGUCCGAUCCCAUUGGCAAGUUGCAUUAUUUGGCUGGACAAAAAUUAGCUAAUCAAAAUGGGGCAAGACUCAACCCAACCCAAAUUAGUUUGGGCCAAAAUGGGUUGGGUCAAAACGAGUUAGUAACCUAACAAGUUUUAAUAGCUUUAUUUGUGUAUUUCAGUACCUAAUAAAAAAAAUCUUUAUUAUAACUAUAUAAAAUCAAUCUGGUUACCUAUCAACCUAAUUUUUAAUGGUUUGAGCUAUUUCUAAUGAGUUGAGCUAACAAAUGAGCGGGUCAAACCUAAAUGAGUUGGGUUGGAUUUGAUUUUGCCACCCCAAUCAAUAUGGAGUAAAUUCGGGCAUCAUUUGGUUAAGCAGACAGGAUGGAAAUAGUCAAUCAAAUUGCAACAACCAAACACAAGCUAGUCUUCCAUUGUUAAUGAAAAUUCCACACAACUUUAAAUACACCCACCUGCAUUUCAAGUCUCAAGUCUUUUGAAAAGAAAGUACAAAAUGUAUUUGUGUAGGGGAACCAAAUAAUCCUCCUCAUCUUUCUGCAAACAUGCAAUGCUAGGAAGAACAAACACUACUACUUUCCCACUUCUGUUUGUGGCGAUAUCCGUAACAUAAGUUACCCUUUUAUCUUAAACACUGAUCCAAAUAAUGAUUGUCAUUUUCCAGGAUAUGAAUUAGGUUGUGAAGGUAACCAAACAAACAGUUAUAUGGCUAUCCUCCAAGAAGCUCUAUGUACAAGCCAUCAACAAUAAUAACGUUCGGAAUAUCGUUUAUAUGCUCCAAAAUUAUGGGGAUUUUGGACAAAGGAUAAGUAAGGACGGACUUCAAUUAUAUAUGCUCUGCUUCUUAAUUUUCAAUCCUAAGAAAUUCAGUGAACAAUUAAUGGAUUCACUCACUACAAUCUAAUUUCUUCACUACAUAUACUUCUAAUCUAAUCCUCAUUCUAUAUUUUCUGCACUUUAAUCUAACCAGGUGACACUCUAGAAACACACAUGUGUUUCCUAUUUAAUGAACAAAGUAAGGACAAUAUUUGCUCUGCUCCUUAAUUAACUCUCUUUUCCAUCCUAACAAAACAAUGAAUUAACUCACAACAAUUUAAUUUCUUUAUGGCCUUUGUAGGUAUUAGUCAACAGAUUCUCCGUGAGGACUCAAAACUUUUCUCCAUAUAUACUUUCAACUCUCCAUUAUCUCUCAGUGACCAGUCUGUCGCUACUUCUGUAUUUCAUGGGUAAGCUCCUAUAUAUAUCCUUUCAGCAAGCUGUAGGAUUAUUUGGCUGUACACAGAUUAACAUUCCAUUUUGCUUUUCAUCCAUUUACUCAAAUACACGGAGAAGAGCUUAGGAGUUAUAAUCAUAUGGUUUAGCUUUUAAUAUGGUAGUGAACCAACAUGUCUUGCUUGCCUAUUACAUGUUGCUUCUUGAAAAGAUGAUUUGAUGUAUGAAUUUUAUUUUUGUUAUUUUCUUGUAGCAUCUUUUAAUGAAAUUAAAAUUUUAUACUUUUGAAUAAAUCAGAAUAUAAUGUAUCACAUCCUCCUAAAAGUACGGCAUGUACAGAGUUUAUAAAAUAAUAGGAGAUAAACGUGCAACAUUGCACGUUCCCAAAAACUAGUAAUCUAACACAAGUAAGCAGUAUACAAAAAUUCUUGAAUAGAACAACUCGAAGAACAGAAUGGUAUUGUGUUGAGGGAACAAAGCGUUCUCUUGUUUACGACUUCAUGCCCAAUAGAUCACUUGACAAGUACAUCAGCACCAGUCAAGAAGGAAGUCCUCUGUUAAGUUGGCAGAGGAAGUAUGACAUUGUUGUUGGAGUGGCUCGAGGAAUUGGAUAUUUGCAUCGAGGCUGUGAUGUACGAAUUUUGCAUUUUGACAUCAAGCCACACAACAUUCUUUUGGAUGAGAAUUUCAUUCCAAAGAUUUCUGAUUUUGGGCUUGCAAAAUUAUAUCCAACAGAUAUAAGCAUUGUGAAUCUCACAGCUGCUCGUGGAACAAUUGGCUAUGUAGCUCCAGAGUUGAUCAGCAGAAGCAUUGGAGUAAUCUCUUACAAAGCUGAUGUUUACAGCUUUGGAAUGCUGCUAAUGGAAAUGCUGGACUUGAAGAGACAUGAAGGUGCAAAUGAAGAGAAUUCCAGCCAAUAUUUUCCUUACUAUAUUUACGAUAAGUUCAACAAAGGGAAGGAGAUUGUUGUGGAUGAAGAAGCAAAUGAUGAUGAAAAGAAGAUGGCUAGAAAGCUGACUUUAGUUGCGCUAUGGUGCAUACAAACAAAUCCGUUACAACACCCUUCGAUGAGUAGAGUAUUAGAAAUGCUUGAAGGUGAAGGCGAAGUGCUAGAAGUACCUCCUCAGCCUCUUCAAUCUCAACCGAUUGUUCAUCAGGUUAUGGCAAGUCCCAUGACAUUUUCGUCUGAUUCAAUAGCUUUGUUAGAAAAUUCCGCAGAUAAUCCCGUUGAAUUAGACAAAUUUUGAUCGACUCAUAGUUUAUGUAAUGUUUUUGCAAAAUAACAAAUAUUAAUGUUCAGGAA